GUAUACAGGAAAUGCACACAGACUUAAAAAUAUGUCUCAUUGAAUAGAUUGUUUGUGUUUUUUAACGAGAGAAAAGCAAAAUUUACCAUUCGGAAGUCAUGCAGACUUGGUGUCUUGUUUCAAUAUGUGUUUUACUCGGCGUUGUCGUGAGAUGGGGAGUAUCCUUAAAUUCGUAUUCCGGGGCGGGAAAGCCACCCAUGUUUGGCGACUAUGAAGCUCAGAGGCACUGGCAAGAAAUAACAUACAAUCUGCCUGUGCAGGAAUGGUACUUCAAUACCACUGACAAUGACUUGAACUACUGGGGUCUUGACUACCCCCCUCUGACUGCCUACCACAGCCUGAUUUGUGCUUAUAUUGCCAAGAUGAUAAACACGGAAUGGGUGCAGCUUCACAAAUCCAGAGGUUAUGAAAGUACAACCCAUAAGUUGUUCAUGAGAACCACAGUGCUGGUUGCAGAUUUACUAAUAUACAUCCCUGCUGUGGUAUUUUAUUGUUUAUGGCUGAAUGAUGGACCUAUUAAGAAAAAGGUUUGUAUUCUCUUAUGCUUUCUGAUCUAUCCAGGACUUCUACUUAUUGACUAUGGACAUUUCCAGUACAAUGCAGUGAGCCUCGGCUUUGCCCUGUGGGGUGUUCUGGCUCUGGGACUGGGCUGGGACGCACUGGGCUCAAUGGCUUUCUCCUUGGCCCUCAACUAUAAACAGAUGGAACUCUACCACGCGCUGCCCUUCUUCUGCUACCUCCUGGGAAAGUGUGUCAAACUGGGCCUGAUGGGUCGAGGGUUGUUGCUGUUGCUGAAAGUUGCUGCCGCAGUCUUGGUGACAUUCGCCCUCUGUUGGCUUCCCUUCUUGUCUGACCCUAACCAAGCCUUGCAGGUGCUCAGGAGAAUCUUUCCCGUGGCUCGAGGCUUAUAUGAGGAUAAAGUGGCCAACGCAUGGUGCAGCUUGAACAUCCUGAUAAAGAUCAGAUCCAUUAUGUCCAGUGACUUUCAAGUCUACCUCAGUUUGGCCUGCACUAGCCUAGCAGUUGUACCAUCCUGUAUCAGAGUGUUGACAAAACCUACCUUCUGGCAAUUUAAACUGGCUUUGGUUAACUCAUCUCUGGCAUUUUUCCUCUUCUCCUAUCAAGUCCACGAGAAGUCCAUUCUCUUGGCUUUCUUGCCUGUCUGUCUGUUCCUGAAUGACCUUCCACUAAUGGCCAUUUGGUUCCUGCAGGCUUCAACAUUCAGCAUGCUGCCUCUCUUUCUGAAGGACGGUCUUUUCGUGCCCUACGCCGUGACCUCGCUGGCCUUCCUCUUCUUUAGCACCUACCUGCUGUCGGCACUUGACCGAUGUUCAGAGGAAGAGCUCGGACUGGAAGCCUACCACAAAGUUUUGUUCUUCCUACCCAAAAUGGACCUGGGUUGUAUAGUCAAAUGGAAGUUCUACAUCAGCAUCACAGCCAUGGCCUGUUUGAGCGUUGCCAGCGUGACAUUCGACCCGCCACCUCAUCUGCCCGACUUGUUUUCUGUCGUGGUGUCUACUUUUGCUUUUGUGCAUUUCUUGGGAACAUUUAUCUACUUCAACAUCGUCCAGUUCAGCACAUUGCCAAGCAGAAAGAGCCAUAAGAAGAACAAAUAAUUCCAGCAGUUGCAGGCGCUUCUUGGGCAAACGAAUGACGGCAUCCGAGACAUCUCGGCCUCGCAACUGACAAGCGCAGAUUCCACAUCCAUCUCCAGUUUUACCACCGUGGGAUCAUACGCACCGUGCUUCACGGGAGGUGAAGAGCAAUUCCAUUAGCUGUCAGCGGCGGGGAUGCCUCGCAAAAAACAAAAACCUGGGGAAUAUGGCAGAAGAAAACAUGAUUGUAACCCGUCUGGCACUCUGCACUGUCAAGAUGGUUUGCAAGCCAACAUGAUGAACAUUUUCAAUACAUCACAAAAGCUUCAGUUUUAUUUGCAAAGUUGUUUAUUGUACCUUAGUUCAUGAUGGACUUUAGGAAUUCAUAGGAGCUAGCCUUCCUCGUGGCACCUGAAAAGUGAAAUAAAUACAAGUUAAAGGAAAACAUACUGUAUAUACAGUCGUCCCUCGCCACUCUGCGGUUUAGUCAAAAAAUAUGCACAUUGAAGCAAAUUGUAUAUUUUUGCAAAUGAAGCAUUUUCAAUCAUAAUAAUGGCUAAAUGGACUCAUAGAAAUAUAAGACUGUGAAUAAUAUGCAGUAUUCUACACCGGUUACUGGGUGUUAAUGACGUUUGGUGAGACACACAAACACCAGAACAUGCUUUUACUGCAGGUUUCACGUCGCUUCCUGUCCGCACGCCACUCAUCUAGGGAAUCCUCAAUUACACACACAAAGAUCUUAUUCAUGUCUUAGAUGGCUUAUUUACUCUUGUUUUGUCUAUUAUAUUGCGUAGGAUGUGUAAAGAUGACUAUAGGGAUGUUAUUUCGUGUCUAGAGGGCUCUAAUAAUUUUAACCUUGUUUAGAAAGUCUAUGAAAAUCAGUUGGAUGUUUGCGGAAUAAGGAAUCCUACUUCACGGAAAUUGAGGGAUGACUGUAUAUUCUUGUUUGCUCAAACACAUUAAAUACUAAUCUUAACUGAAAAGUCCAUACUUGUUCCACUACUAAACGGCCUAUAGUGUCCGAUGGUGCAGUUCCAAGGCAAUUGCCCCAUAGGAAAUGAAAUGUAUUGCAGUGUGUCUGCACAGACACACACACACUUUUGCACGUCAUUAUGUGCCAAAGAAAAGGAAAGCCCCAUCACUGUAGAAGUGAAACCUCAGAAAAGAGAAACGCCCACCAAUUUUAGGCGCAAUUUUAUGCAGUAUGACAGUAGACAGUGUUAAUCACAACAGUAAACAAUUAUUACCUCUGCAAAGGCAUAUUUUUGACACACAUCAUUAGAUUGUGCAGGUGUACCUAAAUGUUGUAGCCGGUGGGUGUAUUUUGCACCCUUGGAUGAAAUGCGAUGUCAUUCAGUAAAUCAGAAAUCCCACCUGAAAAGAUUGCACACUAUGCAAUCCAGCACGCGGAUCGAAGUUCGUUGUAUAUUGGACCAAAACAGCCCGAUAUACAACUCCCUGCUUUAAUUACUACGCCGUGUUCAAUCAGAAAGCAUAAAACUCCCAGCGGGCAGGUGGCAUGUGUCAGUGAGGCCUCCAAAGAUUGAUACGACCGCAUCUCUGCGCUUCUUGGGCUGGCGGCGGCCCCACGACCUGCGACACGGCGCCAUCAUUUUUAUGACAUUUUAAGGAAUAUUCUUUUUUAAUACAGCCCAUUACGGCAGACAUACAAAUCUUUCCCGCUGUGGCCCCAUCUACAGCCUGAUCAAUUUUUACACUGCUGAGCCGUCUCCUUGUACGCCAUUGUGUCACUCUCAAGUUUCAUUUUUUACAGGAUCAUAUGGGGAAAAACUGCAAUACAUUACCACCUUAGACCUAUUUAGUGUUUGACUGUAACUAAAAGCUUCAGAGAAAACGUAAUUUGUUUCUGUAGUAAGCAGAACUGUUUAAAUGUUAUUUAUUUUUAUGUGCCAAAGAAAAUAUAUUGUGAAGCGCUGCAUUGAUUUAGAUCAUAACCAUGUCUCCAUACGGACAGGAGCUGCUGAAUUUAUGAAUCCUUUGCACAACUCCUUUAAUUGAAUUUUCCAAAUCUCACACCACACACAAAUAAUCAAUACAUGCUGCUGUGUGGAACUUGCCUCAGAAUUAUUAGGGCCUUGCUUUUUCAAUUUUGUACUCAUCAGCAGAUACAGGCACGGCCGGUAUUUGUAAUGCAGGAACACCCCUGAGGAUUUAUGUCUGCUCAAAGCCUGAUUGUUCCCUGAAAGUGACUUCUUCUGUAGACUUUUGUUAACAUUAUACAAUGUCUGGAAGCACUUCUUAACAGUGCAGCCCUUUUACGGCAGGAGUACUCAUUUUGUUAGCUGCACUUGCCUGGUCCAUUUAUCGCAGUGAAUUGUGUCAUUUGGAAAGGUGAACAAGCUUAGUCUUGAUGAUCAAGUGUUUGAGCAACAGCCUAUCGUACAAUACUCGGGCAUAAUAUCAAAAAAUAUGUAUAACGACAACAGAAAUUCAAACAAAAAAUGGGCCACCACAACACAAAAACAAUUUAAACAAUGUGGGCGGCAUACUGGGUGUGAUGUUACUUCCACAUUCUGCUCCAGACAUCGGAAUGAGACUGUUUUUAGUGAUGAGACCAGUUGAGAGACAUGGUCUCGCCAGCGUGUCCUGGGUCUUCCCCAAGGCCUAGUUUUCGUUGGACAUGCCCGUUGGAAGAGGCCAGUAUGACUGCAAAUGCCGUACCAAUCCAUCUGUCAAUCUUGUGUUCCAUCCUUCCUUCACUCAUGAACCCCGAGGUACUUAAACUCCUCAGACUUACUGUCAGUAAUGCAUACAGAGAGAAAAUCAUACGAUUCCUCGAGGAACAUGGUCUAAUACUUUCUCCAAGUCCACAAAACACAUGUGGACUGUUUGACCAAACUCCCAUGCACCCUAAAGGACCCUCCAGAGAGUGUAGAUCUGGCCCACAGUUCCACGACCCGGACAAAAACCACACUGCUCCACCUGAAUACGAGAUUCAACUAUUCGGUGGAUCCUUCUCUCCAGACCUCCUGAAUAGACCUUUCCAGGAUGGCUGAGGAGUGUGAUCCCACGCUAGUUGGAGGUGGAACUGCUUAUUUGUAGGGAUCCCAA